CCAGGGCAUGAUGACUUGGAUCUUUGCUUGAAGCUUAUGCCAUGCUGGUUGCAUAUGCAAGGUGUCUUGCUUUGUCAGUGACCACUGAUCUAUGGUUACUGUUGGCAGAUACACCAAAGAAAAAUUUCAUGAAAUGAUGAACUUGCCUCGUUUCCUGGAGAGCUGGCUCAGAUCUCUGUAAUGUGAAUGUACAAAGCAGGGCUGUGGAGUCGGUACGCCAGACCUUCGACUCCGACUCCUCUAUUUUUCUACUGUCCAACUCCAGCUCCACCCAAGAUUGCUUCCAACUCCACAGCCCUGGAAAGGGCUGUAAAUAUCUUUUUAAAUUGGAAGCUCUCAUAGGAGCAUUUUUAUCACUGCCUGAAUAUGCGCUGAUCUUGGCAUCACAGCAUUUGUCUUCAUCUGGGUCCUGUGUCAUACACUGACACACAAAAUGUUUUCCAUCUUGAGUUAUGGUGAAAUGCUCAACUACAGCUGACUUCAUGGGAAACUUCUUUGACAUUUUGAAUUUAUAUUUUAAAAAAUUGUCAAUCAAAAUUUAUUUUGACUCCACGACUCCGACUCCACGACUCCGACUCCACAGCCCUGGUACAAAGAAUGAUUGAAAAUACUAAAUUUGCCCACAAUGGGGACUCUCUUCCUCCUCCUCCAACAGAUGUACGAUGGUAUGCUGGUAGAUGCCCCAGUUGCAAAAGACAGGAAAUGCUGUGCAAGUCUUCUAAAUCCUCUUGUUUCAUUGCAACACUUGUCAGCAACAAACAGCAGGGCAACAAGUCUGUUUUUCUCGAAAGCUGAUGGUCUGAACUCUUCAGCUCCAGAGUCUAUAGUCUUCAAGAUAAAUGAUAAAUCUGAAAAAGUGAUUCAUUCAGUAUGCCAUUCACGGGAAAUUAUGCUGCUUCAGUUAACUUUGAUCAAGAUGAUGCUUGCCAGAAUAAAAUCCCAAGGAGUGGCAGUUGGAUUAAAACAGAAAUAUCUUGAGAUUAUUAGAAUUCUUCUCAAAGAAGCCAACCUUGACUCAAAAUUAAUUCAUCUGUUAUGUAGUUCUGAUAAACAGCUCUCUCGCCUAGCUUCCAAGAAUUUGGUCUUCCUUGUGCAUUUUCAGCUGAUGAAAGAGGGUUCACUGAACAGUGCCUGGCUUGCUUUCUGUUUAGAGGCUUUGACUGCAUUUCCCAAUAGCAGUCAUGUAGCAGAAUUCCUGUGGACUCUUACAAACCUGAUAAGGGAAAUUUUGAAAGAUGAAGGCUUGUGCAAAGGAGGUGGGCUGCUGAAGCUUCUUACUCCAGUUGACAGUGCGCUUGAAGGCUUUUACAAUCGCAUCACGUCUUAUUAUACUGAGAUUCCCCAAGAUAAUCCAGUAUCUGCAAAAGCCACAAAUGACUUGAGUAGUUUUCUAGACCUCAUCGAACUACUUGUGGCCUCCAGAAUUCAAACACCACUAAGCCUUGUCUGCCAAAGGAUGUUGUUUCGGAAUGCUUCAUGUGUCUUGAGUCUUGCCUCUUCACCCGUUCAUGGUUUAAUCCAAAAGAAAUCUAUUGUGCUGCUUAAAAAGUGCAUUCUUCACAAAGCUGGUGAAGACCUAACCAAGGGAAAGGUGCCACCUCCCUCCCUCCAGGAUCCCGAUUUUGACAGGGACAGAUUAGUGUUUGCUAGUGUUGUUCUAGAGUUUGUGACUACUGGGUGGCUGAAUCAGUUGUCUCUUAGUGAAAAGGCCAGCCACUUUGGAGGCAGUCAAGUGAAGCUGAAAGUGGAUACCUCCAGCAGUCCUGCUGAGGUGACCCUACAAGCCUUAUCCUUGGUUCUACUUAAAGCUUUGGAGGUUAAAAUCCAGGAUGCAUCCUCUGAAGUUGAAGCCCAAGUUCAUUUGGAGAGUGUUAUGCACCCAUUGCUGGCAUUCUUAAAAGAUCAUCUGAGGUUGUCUUCUCCCUGUUUUCACCCAUCUGACCAUCCUUGCAUGUGGCUGUUUACACUGUUCAUAGAACAAGACGAUGACAUGUUGGAAGCUGCAAAAGCAUUAUUAACAGUUCAUUUAAAGUUUGAAAGAUUGCUGUAGAAAUGUAGAAGACUGAAUUUAACAUUGGAAAAAUGAGACGCUGAGAAAACCGAAAGACAGAUCUUUCCAUGCCUAGCGGUCACUGCACAAUAUGUUCUUUUUAUGAUUUGCCUGGCUGCAAAGGAGCAGGAGAUUGUGAAACAUUUUUUUUUCCAUUUCAAGCCAGGUAAUCUCUGCAGUGUUGUCCUCACCAUUCUUCUUUGGCACAGGUUGGGCAGCCAAAGCACCAUACCUUGCUUAUGCAGAAACAGGCUUUACAUAUUUUCAGUUGAGCAAUGCUUUCUGCAUUUCAGUGAUUUAAGCAGGUUGGGAGACUCCUGCACAUGAAUAUAUUGUUUUUCAGGUGAAUUGGUACUAAAUGCACUUUCUAGGUUAGAGCACGGUGAUAGGAUUUGUUCAUUGUAAUAUCUAAGGAUUACCGCUGUUGUAAGAGGGAACUGGAGAUGCUCGCAAUUAUUUGCAAGAUGCUUAAGAGCCAAUGAGAUCCAGUAGAGGGAAUACUGGAUUUAAAAGGUGGAAUCCCAGCUCAGCCAUGAAUAUAUAGCUUUGGAACACUGUUCUCUUAAUUUGAUGGCACUUUUUUUGGGGGAAAGAAUGAUCCAUCUCCUAUGUUGAUGAUGAUUUAAAAAUAUGUCCAGUCUUUCUUCCCAAAGGAGCUAAGUUGACAAACACACAAGCAAUAAAACAAAACAUCUGAAAAUAUGAGGGUGAUUGAAACCAGGAUUGUAGAGGACUCUAUUUGCUAAAACUGUAUCCUGUAAAAAACAACAGGAAAAUGUAACAUACACGUAGGGUAGAACAGAACACUAAAAAGAAAACAGUGCAGUGAUAUUCCUGUUAAUUGUAUUGUUGGUUCAUAUAAUAAGGUUUUUGUUCUUUUAAAAUCUCCAUUUUUGGAUGAAGAGUAGAAUGGAAAACAGAGAAGAGGAAGAGGCGUCUGAUGAUCAUCCAUGAGAAUGGAAGAGGUUGAGGACGGAAGGAAACCUUCUUCCUCCCUUUGCCCUCCUGCUGUCUGUCUCACCCUCCAGGUGUUAAGCCCCUUUGCAAGCUGCCUUUAUUUACUGCUGGAUUGGGAGGGAGACAGAUAGCCAACUCCCAGCUCCUUGUAUCAGCCUAAGACAUUAACAGUCAUCUGUAAGCCUUGUCUGCAGUAAUGACGACCAAGCACUAAAGAUCUGUUUGUGAGGCCAUGAUCAGUGACACCUGGCCAUCGUGGUGUGUGGAUGUUUAGUUAGUCCUAUACUAUUGAGCCCUUUCUUCUCCAGCUGCCCUGUUACUAGGGCAUGAGUUCACAGGGUAGUCAACAUGGUGCCCUCUACAUGUUGUUGGACUACCAACUCGCAUCAUUCUGAGCCAGAAUGACCGAUAUUCAAGGAUGAUGAGAAUUGUAGUCCACUGACAUCUGGAGAGCCCCUGUGGGUACCCAUGCGGUAGCUCACAUACCAGCAGAGUAGUGGAAGAAGGUGGUGGGUGUUCCCCAGCCAUGGACUGGAUUAGACUUUUUCAAGAAGGCCUGAGAUGGUUGUUUUAAUAAAUAUUUUGUUGUGGACCACACUUCCUUUCAGCCUGAGCCAGUAAUGUCCAAUGGGCAGGGAUGGUGGAAGUUGUAGCCCAAAACAUCUGAAGGACAUCAGGUUGGGGAAGGCUGAUCUAGAGGAUAUCUACCAGAGGUAACACUGAGGGUUUCUUCCCCCCCCCCAUAGCUGUAAGAUGACCACUGUCACAACUACGUAGGAAACAAAGUCAGGUUACUCAUUCUGCACCAUCCUUCCAGACCAAGCAUGGACAUUUGUAACCACAGUGAUUAAUACUUUAAUUACAAAUAUCAAGUUCAUCUGUUAGAUGAUUGACAGGAGCUGGUACACAACUGUAUUGCUUUACAGAACUAUUUGGUUGCCUGUCAACCCUAUGCAACUGGAGCCAAUCGAAUCUCCCUGGAGAAUGUAACUUGAGCCAAGCCUAGCCUAUAAUGCUUGUUUCCUUGAAAGAAUGUGAUUUCUGACUUAA